UGCGGAGACGGGAGGAUGAGGCAAGGCUAGAAACAUGGGAUCACACAUCUCCCGAAUCUAACACUAUUCAUGCUGAGGCAGCUUUGGGGGAUUUUCUAAUGAUCUGGAGCAAACCAAAAACUUUGACGCUUCAAGGAUGUUCUUCUCAGAUGGGACUUUCUCAGCCGUCAGUUUUGCGCUCCUGUUGGGAAUAACGUGCGUCACCGUCUUCUGCGAUCUCACCAAGGGCUCUUCAGACUUUUCAGGCUACCUGUCCAAAGUGUUGAGGAACUACACCGAACAGGCCUGUGACGGAGACUUCCUGUCUGUUCGCUGUCCGUCCCGCACCACCAUCACCAUCCAGUCAGCAUUCUACGGAAGAAGAGGUUCCUCUGAUCUCCAGCAGUGCUCCCACACCUACCAGGCCCUCCUGAGCUCUUCCCACCGUCAGGAGGAUGACCGAUAUUGUUCUAUGUCCACUGCACUACAAAAAAUGCUGGACGAGUGCGAAGACAGAAGGAGCUGCCAGGUCCUUGUCAACAGCCGCGUGUUUGGGAUUGAUCAGUGCCCCAGUAGCAGUAAAUACCUCAUUGUCUGGUACAAGUGCAGGCCGAAUGAGUAUAAGAGCAAAGUGGUCUGUGAGGAGGAGAGGAUGAGGCUGAGCUGCAAAAGGGGUAUGCAGAUUGCCAUUUACUCCGCCAUGUUUGGUCGAACUCAGCAGGGCACACUGGAGUGCCCCGCUCACCACAGGAGGGCCCCAUCAGUAGAAUGCCAGUCGUCCGUGGCCUUGCAGGUUCUUACAGCCCGCUGCCAGGGGAAGAAGAGCUGUCAGGUGAAAGCCUCCACCAGAGACUUUGGAGAUCCGUGUUACGCUGGCACCAGGAAGUACCUCAGUGUCAUCUACACCUGUGUCCCGAAGCGAUUGCUCCAGGAGCCCAGCACCCAUGACCCCAACAUAGUGGGAGACGGCCCUCCCGAGGGGAGUCCAGUCAGAGUUCCUGACACUGUUCCAGAUAAAAAAAAGGUUAGAGAAACAAACCCCCUCGAGGAGAAGUCGCCAGAAACGGGAGGAGGAGGAGGAGGAGGAGGAGGAGGAGGAGGAGGAGGAGGAGGAGGAGAGGGAGAAGAGCGUCCGUUGCAGCCACCAGGCUUGAAUCCCAUCAUCAAUUCCACGUCUCGAGCCGACAUGGCCCUCUUCAGCAACGCACUUGCAGCCUACACUUACAUAUCAGACCACCCAGAGAGGGCUGCACUCUUCUUCGUCUGCGGCGUGUGCUUGGGCCUCUUCCUCACUCUCUUCGCUCUGGUGGUCCAGAUCUCCUGUCGCACCGACUGCCAGCCCCGCCGACGGCCUCAGCCCAAGAAGCGAGCCCGUCCCGCGGACUCGUCGUCCGAUUCCAGCGACUCGGACUCGGACUGGGACACCACCUCGGACCUGUCGGCGCGACGACACAGACGCUUCGAACGCACGCUCAACAUGAACGUGUUCACGUCAGCCGAGGAGCUGGAGCGAGCUCAGCGGCUGGAGGAGAGAGAGCGAAUCAUCCGUGAGAUCUGGAUGAACGGUCAGCCGGACAUCCCAGGGACGCGGAGCCUCAACCGGUAUUACUGAGGACUAGCACCGGGACUUUCGAUGGGAGUCUUAUCUGACUUGAACAAAAUUUAGGACGCACUUGGAUCGGAGGGGGAAAAGGGACACACGGCCCAUGUAGAGAUUUAUAAGCAAGCACGGAGAAGCAAAUGUGGACUCUGAUGAUAAAAGAGGAACGUUUUGCAGACUUCCCCUCUCUCUGCUGUUUUCCAUGUUCCUCUAGGAAUCAGAAGCUCCGACCCCCUUAAGUUGAACAAUAAGCUCCUACUCUGCAUUGUAAGCUUGCCUCUUAGCUGCUUCUUACCGCCGGAAGUGAGAGGUGACUUGCCGGUGACCUCGGUAGGCCUUUUUUUGAAGUGGGGAUUUAUGGGUUAGCUGCCAGUGCUGCAGAGACCACAUGGUGACUGAAGGACCAAGGCCUCGGACGGGACUGUGUUAUACACAACGUAGAGCAGCUGGAAUAGACUGUCGCUUGGAGCUUCAUGCUCGCUACCCUCCAGUAUUCAAGUGUGAACUUCAGCCGGGGGGCAUUUUAAAGAAAGCAAGCUUGACAAUGGGGAAAAUGUAAGACAAUCUUUCCACAAUCAAUAACUGUGCUGCCUUUUUGAGCUUUAUCAAACCAAAAGAUUUUUUUUUUUUUUUUAGUGGGAGGGGGUGGUCAUCUCAACCCGUAUGCAAUAUAUUUUAUAAUAUUUAAUAGUUUUACGAUGUGUAUUUUUUUUCCUCAAGUAUGGUUUAUCAUGAAAUAUUUUUAUACUUGGCGAAGUUUGUUUGGCACCUCAGGGAUGCAAUCCUAGUGUUUCUGUCUUUGGCUGAUCUAGUCACUUCUUAAAAAAAGACCAUUUGAACUAACUUUGUCAGCAGUUAAAGAUGAUAAUUAUGAAAAUGAUGUAAAAAACCUCAAAGAGGCUUUUAGUCAUUUAGCCUUUUUUUUAAUACAGUAAUUCACAGUCCAGUGCCUUUUCCAGUAAUUAAAUAAUCCUUGUCAAAAUGACAGCAGGUGUCUUUUAAUAAGUAGUCAGUGUAUUUAUUAAUUGGAGAUCCUAAAUUUAUCCUAACACAUUUUGUUCCUUUUUAAAUAUUGUUGCUGUGUUGAAGUGGAGCUUGUGUAAAAUAUGAAUGUUUCUGUUGAAUAUUGCACUUGCUGUCUACAACUCUAUUGUAAAUGUAAAUUACGACAAUAUGCCAUUUUUUUCCAUCCUCAUCUGUGAUGACUUUGUGAAUUUCAGACCUUUUGUCAACUAUGCCCGUAUUUUCCCUAAUCUUUUUCGAAACAGUAGUUUGUGGUAAUCAUUGUUCAUUGCCAUCUGAAAAAAGAGCUGACGCGACUGAAAGAAAAUACACAGUAGACUGUAAACUGCUCCUCUUUAAUAACAUUGCCAUUUUCAUAAUAUAAGCUAUUUUCAGCCCAGUUCUGUAUGUGUUUCUCUGGAUUCAAGCUGAGAAAAAAAUUACACUUAUAAAAAACUUUGUUUUUUUUGUUUUUUGUUUUCUUUACUGAGAGAUUAAUUUAAGAAGUACACAAAACAAGGGUUAUCCUCAUAAAUAACACAUUUCUACAGAUUGUUUUGUGCUUAAGUUUGAAUGGAAUUGAAAUGUGCCAAUUAAUUGGUAAUGUGAAACCAAAACAUGACUCCUAUGCUUUGAAUAAACCGUGUUCAAUAAUAACUUAUCAUUUCUUCCUCUGUGGAAAGAAAAAAAACCUUUCAGUCAGCUUCUCUUUCAAAUGUAUUCAUGUCUGUCUUAUUCUUUCCGAUUAUAUGGAACCCAGACAAUGAAGCUUUGGUUUAAUUUUGUCUUCAGUAUUGCAAUUAUGAAAAUUAAGCAAGCAGCCCUGGUCAAGAGUACAAGCGCUUGUGAGAAACGGUUACAUUAACUGGGUUUUCUUGCCCCCUGGCGGUGACUUUAGGGAUAUGCAAUUUGUGUAAAUAAAAAAAACUAAUACCAACGAAAUCCGUUAUUUCAAGAAAGUUCGCAUAAUUUGUGUCUAUAAAAUUGAAUUUCCUAUGCAUCCCUAUUGUAGCAUUUUCUACGGCGCUUUAAUAAAU